AUGAAGCUUUUACGCCAGCUUUUAAAGCCAGUGUCACUUAUCCUUCUUCUUGGAUCCAUGUUGACACUCAUUCUAACUCUCAUAACUGGAUCCACCAACAAAUCCAUCAUGAGUCGCUUUUAUUGGCUCGAAACAGACUGCUCUAGAUACCCUGGAGCUCCAAUUAGUGGCCGUUGUAGAUGGACAUCUUACAAUUUGUGUGGAGUUUCUAGUGGGAAGAAUUCCGGUUGCACUUCAAGAUCUGCAGCUUAUGCUUUUUCGCCUAAAGACAACUUCAGCAACACUAGAAACGUCCCUCGUCCUUUCAUCAACAGCAGAAACAAGUUUUUCUACAUGAGUCGGAUUGGCUGGGCUUUUGAGAUUGUUGCCCUUUUCUUCUUGCUUUGUGCCACACUUGUUUUCUUCGUCUAUGCACUUGGAUUCAUGAAAUGGCUUUUUUGGCCGUUCUACAUCCUUGCAUUCCUAUUCGUGGCCACCAGUGCUGCCAUUCUCACUGCUGCAUAUGUUAUCGGCAAAAAAGAUUUCAACAAUGCCGGAAACAGGACCACCAUUGGCUCCAGAGCCAUGUCCACACUUUGGAUCACAGUUGGUGCCAUGCUAUUUAAUUUGUUCCUCUUGUCUUUCUUGGCCUUGACAAAACGCUCGAAAUCCAAUCGAGGCUUCAAAGAAGGAAAAUCUGGCCAUGCUUUCGGAGGUGAAAAGAGAAAUUCUUCCUCAUCACGUGACGAUAGACCAACUGACAGUACUUCGUACACAGAGGUGGAUUCUUUUAACCGCCAACGUGUUCCUGCUGGGAAGUCACGUGCAUCCCGAUUCAACUUUUUCAAAAGAACCAGAAGACCUGAGGAAUACCAGCAAAACGCAAGUAUAACUGAAAUUGACAACACUUUAAUGAAUGACACUGUUCCUUCUCAUAAUGCACACAUAUAA